UUUUGCAGUUUGGCAAGACCGCUCGAAAUUAGCCUGAAAAUGGUGAUUUUAAUCAAACUAUGUGUUUUUUAGCUUAAUAUAUGGACCACAAGAUAUUUUUUUCGCUGAAAGUGCUUAAAUUGAAGUGUUCUUUAAGAUUUUAGAACUGCUCUGGGAGACGGCAAGUGAAGAAUGGGAUAAUGUUGCUAAUGCAAAGUUAUCUAAAGUACAAGGAAAACGGCUGGAAAUGCGCAACAUUGCUUCAGAGUUCUGGACUUGACAAUCGGCAAGGCGAUGGUUUUCCUUUUUUUCGUGUAUAAGGUUGACGGAGAUAAAAGUUUCGACAAGAAUAUACACUCGAUAGCUGUCAUUAAUGGAUUUUAGAAAAAUUAUCAAUUGUUUGACAAUAAACUGCCGGCAUAUUUACGAUUUUGUUUAUAUUAACAUUUCCUUGCAAAAUAUCAUUCAUAAUGGCCUUAUUGUACGUUCUAUCCAUUUUGAUAGUUUACCUGAUCCAAAAUAGUGUUUCUUUCGACCCUUCGGGUUAUAUGGUUUACUGCCCAUGUAUGGGCCGCUUUGGAAAUCAAGCUGAUCAUUUCCUCGGCUCAUUGGCCUUUGCCAAGGCCCUGAACAGAACCCUAGUGUUGCCCCCUUGGAUUGAAUAUAGGUAUGGGGAGCGGCUCCCAAAAAUUGUGCCUUUUAGCACCUACUUUACGACGGCUCCACUGCUGGAGUUUCACAAAGUUAUCCCAAUGAAGACCUUUAUGGAUUCGAUUGCCCCUUAUGAAUGGCCCAGUAAGCAACGGGUAGUUUUCUGCUAUAUGGCCAGAGGUAAGGUACUUGUAGUAAUGUAUAAAUCCACACUUGCCUCUCCGUUACUUUUAGGCGAUAGUAAGUCAUGCAAUGCAAAAGAAGGCAACCCCUUCGGGGCUUUUUGGGACUCCAUUCAGGUGGAUUUUGUUGACUCAGAGUUUUAUGGCCCUUUACACCAUGAUGUAAGUAACGAGGAUAUAGUGAAGAAGUGGAAAGAGAUUUACCCACCAGACAAGUGGCCAGUUUUAGCAUUUACUGGUGCCCCAGCAAGUUUUCCUGUAGCCGAUGAGAAUCGCCAUAUUCACAAACACCUCGUCUGGUCGAAAGACAUCGAAGACAAGGCGAAAAAGUUCUUGAGCAGCCGAAUGCCCAAAGGUGCUUUCAUAGGCAUUCACUUGAGAAAUGGGGUUGAUUGGGUGCGAGCUUGCAAACAUAUCCCAGAAAGCCCCAAUCUGUUUGCCGCCCCCCAAUGUCUCGGCUACAGGAACGAGAAAGGUAACGCUACUGCAGAAAUGUGUUUGCCUUCGAAAGAACAAAUUGUGAAACAGCUGAAAAAGGCCAUAAAGAACAUGAACGAUUUAGCUAAAGUAGACAGUCACAAGACUGUUCGGGCGGUUUUUGUGGCUUCCGAUAACCAUCACAUGAUAGAGGAAUUGCGAAGUGCCUUACAUAAGUUGAAAGUGACAGUGGUCAAAUUGAACACCCCAGACCCUCAUGUAGAUUUAGCAAUUUUGGGAAAGUCAAAUGUUUUUAUAGGAAAUUGUAUAUCGUCAUUCAGUGCCUUUGUGAAAAGAGAACGGGAUUCUAGGGGUGCCCCCUCGUUGUUUUGGGGCUUCCCUGUUACGAGGUCCAGAGCUAAAUAUCGAGACGAACUGUAAACGUGGAAAUAUUUGUGGACAAAGUUAUCAUAAGACUGAUUGAGUUUUUAGGAAAUUUGCCCUAUAACCUGUCAAUUGAGAAAUUUGGUUAAAGAAAUAAGCAUUUUAGUGUUUCUAAAUAAGCAAGAUAAACCGUUAAAUGUACUAGAUGGGGAUUAUUUUAAUUCUCUUGAUAGCUCAGUUUCUAAAGCUGGGUGGCAGGCAGACUUGACUAUAAAAGGGCCCAGAGUAAGGUGAGGCCUCCUUGUUUAAUGUUUUGGGGUGCACAAUCUUAAAAACUAAAUAUUUUCGCCGUUAUCGCCGAUUGUACUGACAAAAAAAUAAAAUGAGCUAUAAUGAAACGCUCGCGAAUUGCAUGCAUGGGCCAACUUGAAAUACAUUUGUGUCGAUAUUAAGGUUGUACAAGAGAGACAUCCAUUAUUAAACCCAUAUUUACUGAGCUGGCAAAAAUUGGAAUAUGGACGAUUUUUUAAAAAUAUUUAUGUGAUUCUAAAACGACGUGUUUUCUAAAGACUGGAAAUUUGGAAUUGCCUUUUGCGAUAGUUUCGAAGAAACAUUUUUUUUAAGGAGAGAGCGCUUUUAUCAAACUGACAGAAAUCCAUAUUUCAGGUAAUUUUUACAUUAAACAUUCACCAUUUUUUAGUCAAAUAUCUUCUAAAUACUUGCGAAAACUUCAAAUCACCAAUUGAAUUACUUUGAAAGAUUCAAAUAUUUGGAGAAGCGAGCGCACUUAAGUAGGAACGUCCAUUAUUGGACUCAUCUAUCUCAAGCUGAAAAAAUUACUAUUUGAGGUGAUUUUUACGAGACAUUUCUCAUUCUUCUAGUCAAGUGUCUUGUAUAGGUCGUAAAAAUUUCAAAUUGUUAUUUGGGUUAGUUUGGAAGAAUACAACUUUUGUAACUAG